AUGUUAUGCGGCGUCGUCAGCACUUCCUUCACUUCCAUCUUACCCAGAAAUAAACAACCUUCUCUCUCUUUUCAUUCCAAAUCAAUUUCAUGCUCUCUCCCAGGAGCAGUUGUUGAAUCUAAAUCAACUAAUGUCGCUGAACCGCUAUUGCUUAAUGCGGUUCGAGGAGUAGAGGUUGAAAGACCCCCGGUUUGGCUUAUGAGACAAGCUGGAAGGUACAUGAAGAGUUACCAAGCUAUCUGUGAGAAACACCCUUCCUUCCGUGAAAGGUCUGAAAAUGUUGAUCUUGUGGUGGAAAUUUCGUUGCAGCCAUGGAAAGUCUUCAAGCCGGAUGGGGUGAUUUUAUUUUCUGAUAUUCUUACCCCGCUUUCUGGAAUGAAUAUUCCGUUUGAUAUUGUGAAAGGGAAGGGUCCUGUCAUCUUUGAUCCUGUUUACUCAGCCGGCCAAGUUGAUCAAGUGAGGGAGUUUAUUCCUGAAGAAUCAGUUCCAUAUGUCGGUGAAGCACUAUCAAUUUUGAGGAAAGAGGUGGAUAAUAAAGCUGCGGUCCUUGGUUUCGUGGGAGCUCCAUUCACCUUGGCGUCGUAUGUGGUUGAAGGCGGUUCAUCAAAGCACUUCUCAAAAAUAAAGAGAUUGGCUUUCUCUGAACCCGAGAUUCUUCACUCAUUACUGCAGAAAUUCACAACAUCCAUGGCUCGAUACAUCCAAUACCAAGCUGACAAUGGAGCUCAAGCUGUUCAGAUCUUUGAUUCAUGGGCAACCGAGCUUAGUCCAGUAGAUUUCGAACAGUUCAGUUUACCCUACUUGAAGCAGAUCAUUGAUACCGUGAAGAAAAGCCAUCCAGAACUCCCUCUUAUCCUCUACGCCAGUGGAUCUGGCGGCUUGCUCGAGAGAAUAGCCGCGACCGGUGUGGAUGUUGUUAGCUUGGAUUGGACGGUUGAUAUGGCCGAUGGUAGAAAGCGAUUGGGACCAAAUGUAGCUAUCCAAGGUAAUGUCGAUCCCGGUGUUCUUUUUGGUUCGAAAGAGCUAAUCAGUGAUAGGAUUUAUGAUACUGUGAAAAAAGCUGGUAGAGGGAAACACAUUUUAAACCUAGGUCAUGGUAUUGUAGUAGGUACACCUGAGGAGAAUGUAGCACAUUUUUUUGAGGUUGCUAAAGGAGUGAGAUACUAA